AUGUUCCACACCUAUAGCCUAGGAAUAUUACUUCUCGUAGCGGGAGCGUAUGCAUUAUACGAUUCAUCGUCUGAUGUUAUAGAGUUAACACCUAGUAAUUUUGAAAGACUUGUCACAAAAUCAGAUGAAAUUUGGAUAGUUGAAUUUUUUGCUCCUUGGUGUGGACAUUGUAAGAAUCUUGUACCUGAGUACAAAAAAGCUGCUCGGGCAUUAAAGGGAAUUAUUAAAGUUGGUGCAGUGGAUGCGGAUCAAUACAAAGAACUGUCCCAAAAAUAUGCGGUCAGUGGGUUCCCGACUAUCAAAAUUUUCACCGGUAGCAAACAUUCACCAUACCAAGGACAGAGAACUGCAGAGGCAUUUGUAGAAGCUGGUCUCAAAGCAGCUAAGGAAAAAGCUUUUGAAAACUUAGGAAAGAAGUCUAGCGGCUCAUCAUCAGAUAAGUCAGAUGUAAUCACACUUACUGACAGCAACUUCAAAGAGCUAGUAUUGGACAGUGAAGACUUAUGGUUAGUCGAGUUCUAUGCGCCAUGGUGUGGUCAUUGCAAGAACCUGGAGCCCCAUUGGGCCAAAGCUGCCACAGAACUAAAGGGCAAGGUAAAAUUGGGAGCUUUGGAUGCAACAGUUCAUCAAGAAAUGGCUUCCCGUUAUCAAGUACAAGGUUACCCGAGCAUCAAAUUUUUCCCAUCUGGUAAGAAGACCAGUGACUCUGUAGAAGACUAUAAUGGUGGCAGGACCUCAAGUGACAUUGUUGCCUUUGCUUUGGAAAAGUUUACUGAGAACAUUGCCCCACCAGAGAUUGUCCAGGUAACUACUGAAGAAGCAAUGAAGGCCUGCAGUGAAAAACCAUUGUGUGUAGUAUCCAUCUUGCCUCACAUUCUGGACUGCAAUGCUGCUUGCCGAAAUGAAUACAUUUCCAUACUUACCCGUCUAGGUGACAAAUACAAGAAUAAGAUGUGGGGAUGGGUUUGGACAGAAGCUGGUGCGCAACCUGCUUUGGAAGAAGCCCUUGAAUUAGGAGGCUUUGGUUACCCAGCCAUGGCAGUAGUCAAUGCAAAGAAACUUAAAUUCUCUACUCUCAGGGGUUCCUUCUCGGAAUCUGGAAUCAAUGAAUUCUUAAGAGACCUUUCCUUUGGUCGAGGUCAAACUGCUCCAGUUAAGGGCGCUGAAAUGCCUAAAAUUACCACCACCGAGCCUUGGGAUGGUAAAGAUGGUGAGCUACCUCCAGAAGAAGAUAUUGAUCUUUCUGAUGUGGAUUUGGAGAAAGACGAGUUA